AUGCCUUCCGGUAAGCCACGCGGGCGCGGCGCCGCGAUGAAUUUGGUCCCUCUGGAGACGCCGUCCGGGAGCGCGCCUCGCUCGCGUCACGUGACCGCGGGCUGUGGGGGAGCCGGACGCGUAGUACAGCGCAGAACUGGGCCGAGGCGGACGACGGGCGGGAUGGAAGCGACCUUGGAGCAGCACUUGGAGGACACAAUGAAGAAUCCGUCCAUCGUUGGAGUCUUAUGCACAGAUUCACAGGGACUUAAUCUGGGCUGCCGGGGGACCCUAUCAGAUGAACAUGCUGGUGUGAUAUCAGUUCUAGCCCAGCAAGCAGCUAAGCUAACCUCUGACCCCACUGAUAUUCCUGUGGUAUGUCUAGAAUCAGAUAAUGGGAACAUUAUGAUCCAGAAACAUGAUGGCAUCACGGUGGCAGUGCACAAAAUGGCCUCUUGACAUUUCAUGCCAGUUUUCUAGUAGUGUGUCAUUUGGACCCAUCUACCUGUGCUAAUGAUCUUAUACAAUUACUGAAGUUCAGCGGUUAGGCCAUUUAAUGCGCAUUAGGCACUUUUCUAUUUAUAAUGCGUAAGUUGCUUAUUAACCAGCCUUUCAAGAUACUAGUAAGAGGGGCUAGAGGGUUUGGCUUAGUAGUAGAGAGCUUUCCUUAGCAAGUGUGAGGCCCUGAGUUCAGAUCCCCAAACCGCCAAAAUAGAAAAACAAACAAAAGAACCCCAAUGGUUUGAAGCAGCAAGUCCAUUUCACUUUGUAUAUACAAUUUUGUUGUGUUCAAUAAAUGUAUU